CAAGAAGCGGGCGUCAUCUUUGACGUGCUCGUCGUGGGCGGGGGCGCCACUGGGGCGGGAACGGCCUUGGACGCGGCCUCGCGAGGAUUGUCGGUGGCAUGCGUGGAACGAGGUGAUUUCGCGUCCGAGACAUCCUCUCGAUCGACCAAGCUUAUCUGGGCGGGAAUUCGUUACAUGGGGACGGCCACGGCGGCCCUCCUCAGCCCCAAACUGUGGCAGCAUCCGGUAGACACCGUCCACCAAUUCGUCGGCGAAAUGAAAAUGGUCUGGCACUGUCACGUGGAACGUCGGUAUAUGACAUCAGUCAAUCGACAUUUGUGCAAUUGGAUACCUAUUGCGGUGCCGUUCAAUUCGUGGCACAUUUCACCGCCGCCCAUGGGACAUCCACUCUUCGGUUACUUUCCUUUUCUAGCCCCCGUGGUGUUCAAAUUUUACGACGCGCUAUCAGUGUUUACGUGUCCACCGAGCUACGUGUUGACGAAAUCGAGGGCCCAACGUGACUUUCCUCAACUGGAUCCUGACGGGCUCAAGUACGCGGCGGUGUUUUACGAAGCGCAACACAACGACUCACGCACGAACCUGGCGAUUGCCAUGACCGCAGCCGAAAAGGGUGCCGCCAUUGCCAACUACACGGAAAUGGUAGAUUUGAUUCAUAACGAAGCUGGCAGAGUAGUAGGAGCGGUCGUGCUGGAUCGCAUGACUGGCAAGCAAUGGAAGGUGUACGCGAAGAAGGUUGUGUUGGCGGGUGGUCCCUUUACCGACCAACUUCGAUCAAUGGAAGCCGGUAAGAUACCACCGGCCGUUCGAGGAUCGGCGGGUACACAUAUUGUACUGCCUGGCUACUUUGUUCCGCACAACAUGGGGUUGUUGGACUGCAACACGAGUGACGGUCGAUUUUUGUUCAUACUACCUUGGUUGGGCCAUACUCUGAUUGGAACCACCGACAAGAAAGGACCCGCCGAGACUCUGCAAAAUCCCCCGGAAGACGAAGUCGUAUGGUUGUUGAAGGAAUCGCAAAAGUUUCUGCGCAAAGAUCUGAAAGUUCGUCGGUCGGAUGUGCUUAGUGCGUGGCGUGGUUGGCGACCAUUGGCGGUGGAUCCUCACGCCACUGCAGACUCUCCCGUUUCACGGGACCACGUUAUUUCGGAGAAUCCCGAAUCAGGUGUCAUUUUCAUCGCCGGUGGUAAGUGGACUACUUGGCGGGAGAUGGCCCAGGAAGUCAUUGAUCGCGUGGUGGGGCCGUCCGGCCCGCCCAGUUUGACCUUGGACAUCCCUUUACACGGAGCAGAGGGAUACGAAAACAAUCUGGCCAUUCAACUCAUUCAACGAUACGGUAUGGAUACUACCGUAGCGGAGCACUUGGUAAAAACCUACGGAGGUCGUGCGUGGGAGGUAUGUGAACUGAUGCAACCGACGGGCAAAGCGUGGCCCAAGUUUGGGAAUCUGCUCGUAGAAGGCUUUCCAUACAUUGACGCUGAAGUAUUGUACGCUACACGAGAAUACGCCUGCACGAUCGAAGACGUGCUAUCCCGGAGAACGCGACUGGCGUAUCUGAACCGGGAUGCUGCUGUGGCGGCAAUUGAACCGGUCGCCGAUAUUUUGGCCCGGGAGUUGGGCUGGACUGCCAAGGCUAAAGAACAGCAAAUACAAGCUGCACGAAAUUACGUGGAAUCGUAUUCGGGACGA